AUGUCCGUCACAUUACGGCCUAUCCUUCGAAUAUCUUCACCCCCUUCCAUCUUUCAAUCCGGCAUUUCUAGACCUUUUGUUUGUCAAUCAUGUAGAAAUGCGCGCCUUCUUAGACGUCCCAAACGGCCUUACACCUUUACGCAAUUGGUCACGCUAUCUGACGGCAGCGCGUUUACCAUGCGAACAACCUCUCCACUACCAGUCUACCGAUCUACCCGGGAUACGCGAAACACACUUCUUUGGAAUCCUAGCUCGAGAGAGUUGAUGAAUGUGGAAGACGACGAAGCUGGACGGCUGGCGGGAUUUAGGGCAAGGUUUGGGAGAGGCUACGACAGCGGCAAGGACACUACAGCAAAUAGCGACCCCCAGAGACCUGCCCCAGACGAAGCCACAACCAGACCUUCAAGUGGAAAGGAUGUUGAACUAGAGGAUGAUGGAUUUGGGGAGGAAGAGGAUGCAAAUCUCCUCGAUCUAAUCAGUUCUUACGGCCAAGCAGAGGAUGCACGAGAUCGCAAAAAGGGUGGAGGGAAAUGA